AUGUCAGCUGCUACCGACAAGGCCCGCUUCUUUUUGGAGAAGUCGGUCCCUGAGCUCAAGGAGUUUGAGCGGAAGAAAAUCUUCUCUAAGGAUGAAAUCACAGCCAUCAUCAAGAAACGGUCCGACUUUGAGCACAAACUGAAUGCACGUGGCGCCCUGCCCGUUGACUUCGUCCGAUAUGCGCAAUACGAGAUGAACCUAGACACCCUGCGCCGGAAGAGGGUGAAGCGAUUGGGAAUCAGGUCGGCGGGAUACACUGGGCAGAGGCGCAUCUUUUUCAUCCUUGACCGCGCGACUCGCAAGUUUCAUGGGGAUGUGGGCUUGUGGGUGCAGUACCUCGAAUAUGCAAAACAACAAAAGGCCUACAAAAAGGUCUCGAGCAUCCUUACAGACGCCUUGCGGUUACAUCCCGCCAACGUCGAUUUGUGGCUAUACGCCGCGCAAUACGCUGUGGAUGAGCAUGCGGAUAUGACACAAUCUAGAGGUUACAUGCAGCGCGGAUUGCGCUUUUGCAAAAGUUCGAAGAAGCUGUGGCUCCACUAUGCCAAACUGGAAUUGAUAUAUAUCGCCAAAUUGGUUGCUCGACAGCGAAUCUUGGGUCUCGAUAAGCCGAUUGAAGCCCCGAAGCCAGCGGAGGAGGAUGAUAUGGAUGCCGACAUGAUCGCUAUGCCCAAGAUUACUGGAGAAGAUAUCAACCCCGGUGCUGGAGAGGAUGGCGGUGUGGAUCAAGUCGCUUUGGACAACCUUGCCAACACCCCUGCCCUGACUGGUGCCAUCCCUCUCGCCAUUUUCGAUACGGCCAUGAAGAACUUCGAAAACGACGACCGUUUCGGUCAUGAAUUCUACGAUAUGGCAGUCGAGUUCGACGACCUGCCCUGUCUGCACAAGAUCCUCGGCCAUGUGGUCGACGUGAUGCAGCAGAGCAAGCCCAACAGCCCUCAUACGCAAAUCUGCUACAUCAAAUUCCCCACCGCCGGACUCCAGGUCACUUCGCCCGAAUUCCCACGUGCGUUUAGCGCAUCAUUUGCCCGUAUCAAGGAGUACCGGAAUAACCCCAACGUCGCCAAGGAGAUCAUCAGCUGGCUACAGCCCCUUGAGAAGACAGAAGGCGUGGAUGCGUCUCUCCAAAAGGCGAUUUCUGCGACUAUCCGUAACGCGGAACGCAUUGUACAGGAAGCAUAG